UUCAACCCGCCUAGGAUGUACCAUUCGAAAGUCAAGGUAGUCCGAGCCGCCCGAAGGCAUACCUCUACUCCAAGCAGGAGUCUGGAGAACAUCGAGGCGGUCUGGUGCAAGAUCAGAGCGGACUCGUUACCAAACCUCGAAGAGAGAAGACCGGAGCCGGUGAAGGUGAUGAACCCCGCGGAGAACGGCUGCCCUGUCCGCGGCAGUAGGAAAAGGGGGUUCAAGCCCCCGGAUGUGAGGACCAUAUUCUCCCCCAGUGAGAGAGACUCCCAGAUGAGGGGGGAGGGACACACCUUCUACCUUGGUCUUUCGGGCGCAUGGUGCGAUGUUUGCCGCGUAUACAUCCUCCACUUCUCCCUGAUGUGUUCAGGGUGUAAGUAUACGUGUCACCCAGAGUGUCGGGAGCGAGUGUCAUUGGACUGUCCCCCCGGUGGUCCUGUUGCCGCUGACACCCCCCUCAGCCAGGACCACCUUAACAACAACACACCGGCCAUUGAUGUGGAGCAGGAAAGAGAGUUACGGACUCAUCUCAGCAGAGAGGAGAUCAGACAGAAGGUCGAGCUGUACAACUCCUCCUCCAAGGACCACCUCAAAAUGACCCUGAACCCCAGUGGUGUGUAUACAGGGUUCAUUAAGGUGCAGUUGGAGCUGAGGAGACCCGUCACAGUACGAGGGGGCCAGGGAGGAGAGGAGGCCUUCUACCUCCCCCAGGGGGCGAUUAACACUCUUCACAUCAGCUCCAACAACACCGUACGGCAGGUGAUUCAGGCCCUGUUGACCAAGUUCACUGUAGCUGACAACCCUGCUAAAUAUGCCCUGUACAAACGCUGCCGCAGGGAUGAGCAAGAGUACAUGUGUAAGCUGUCGGAGGGAGAGCAUCCGUUGUUCCUGCGUCUGCUAGCAGGUCCCAACACCGACACGCUGGGCUUUGUCCUGAGAGAACAGCAGACUGGCGAGGUCAUGUGGGAAGCGUUCUCCAUCCCAGAGUUGAGUAACUUCCUAAGGAUGCUGGAGAAGGAGGAGACUGAGCGGGUGUGUUCCGUGACGCGUCGCUACGACAACUACAGACUCAAACUGCAGGAGGCCAUGAGAGCAGCAGGGGGGCCGGGGUAACUACUGUCCCCGGAGGAGAGAGGGCUGGGAACCAGAAUCCAGUCUGAGGGACACUGAGGGGGAAACUGGUCCAACCUGAUUCAGAAACUGGAGAGAGCUGGAAUAAACUCUAGAUUGUACCUGUGGACCCUAUGUGCAAUACACUAGAUGGACACUAGAGGGCAUCUGUGGUUCCACUGCGUUCAGCCUGGACUUGGCAUUAAGCACUCAAGAGACUAGCUCCAUGUCUUUACUGAGUAGGCCUACACCCCUGUGUGCCAUAUCCACUCUUCUGUUCACUCUUUUGAUCCUUCUGGUUAUUGCCUUUUUUAAAUUCUUUUAGAAUUACCUUUUUGAAUAGGUGAAUGAUUCAAACCCCCGAAUAUUUGAAUCCAUUUAUUUAGCAUUUUUAUUUAAUUGGUGGAUGCAAGGGUUUGUACAUAUUGUCGUUUUUAAUUUAUGUGGGUGAAGCUUUGUUCUGUUUCUUUGCAGAAAUUGUUUUAUUGUGUUCUAUGAAGGCGUGGCAGCAAUCCAACCCCCAAAGGGCCGACUCGUGUGCUCACUGAUUUCUCUCACAGGGGUUAAUGCACAGAAAACAUAUCAGCAACAUAAAGGCUACUGGUUUAUCAUGGAAAGGACACAGUAUUAGAUGGACAGGAUGAAAUAGAAACUAGAAAAGGCAAAUGAUACAGACCAGAAUAAGAGUGGUGUAUUUAAACUGAAGGUUGUGAGGGUCUUGAAAGGAGAAGAAUAUUUGGUGCAGUUUGUAGAGUCUGGCAGUCACAAGCUGUUUGGGGUUUAGAGGUCAGGAUGGAAGUGUGACCGCUUGUGACCAGACUGACAGUGGAGUUUGAGCUGACCGCUCACCUUUGACCUCUGGACAGAGACUAGUUGUAUCAGAGGAGAAGAGGUUAGCGCUGUGAGAAUGGAAAGAUUUUAGGAAGUUGACUAAUGGUUUUAGAGGAAGUAGAUAAGUAACACUGUAAAAAAAACA